ACCUUGGGUCUCUAGGCAGCCCCUUUCCCUCCUCAACGUCCCAGAAGGAGAGGGUAGGGACGCGACCUUCAGCUGGGGCCUGGGAGCAAAGAGGCGGCAGAUGUCCACCCCUCGAUUCUGGACCUGUCGUCACUGAAGAUCCAGCCCACCAGUCCCACAUCUGACCCGUAGAAGAAUCCCCCCGUCCCCCGCCAAACCUCCGCUCCCCACAGCCACACACUCACACUCUGGGGAACACAGACUCGUCACUAUCUGUCCUACUAGUGUCUCAGGCCAUGCUUGAGGCUGCCAGGGGUCCUGGAUCCAUGGUUCGUUCAUCCCCACCCUUAUCUCAAUUUUGAGAACUUUAUUUUGGAUGGAGAAACAGCCCAGAAUCCACUGGCUGUCAGUUCGUUGCUGGAGAAUUUGUCCACAAAGAGUUGCCAAGAUAGCUGGGCCAGGAAGAAAGCGCCGUAGCCCUGACCCAGACACCGUUGCCGACCCCGGGGCACUCUGGCUGUCACCCAAGCGGCUCAAGAUGUCUGGCGGGGCCAGCACCACAGGCCCAAGGAGAGGGCCCCCAGGACUGGAGGAGGCCACCAGUAAGAAGCAGCAGAAGGAUCGAGCAAACCAGGAGAGCAAGGAUGGAGAUCCUAGGAGAGGUGGGUCAGCAUUCACUCGGGAGGAGCCGACCAAAGACGAGUUGUUGCUUGAUUGGAGGCAGAGUGCUGAUGAGGUGCUUGUCAAGCUGCGUGUGGGAGCCGGUCCCCUGCGGCUGGAGGAGGUAGAUGCUGCUUUCACAGACACAGACUGUGUGGUGCGGCUUCCAGGUGGUCGGCAGUGGGGUGGUGUUUUCUAUGCUGAGAUAGAAAGUUCUUGCACCAAAGUGCAGGCUCGCAAAGGUGGCCUCUUGCAGCUGUCACUGCCCAAGAAGGUGCCUCUGCUCACGUGGCCCUCUCUCCUGAAGAAACCUCUUGGGACCCAGGAGUUGGUGCCAGGGCUGCGGUGCCAGGAGAAUGGGCAGGAGCCGUCUCCUGUUGCCCUGGAGCCAGGCCCUGAGCCCCGCCGGGCUAAACAGGAGGCCCGGAACCAGAAGCGGGCCCAGGGCCGUGGUGAGGUAGGCGCAGGGGCUGGCCCUGGGACCCAGGCAGGGCCCAGCGCCAAGAGGGCUGUGCAUCUCCACAGAGGGCCGGAGGGGGAAGGGUCCAGAGAUGGCCCUGCACCCCGGGGUGAUGCCCCCCAAUUCCUGGCUGAGCCGGCCACCCAGGCUGAGGCUGAGGAACAGCUCCGUGUACCACCACUGAACCCCCAGACCUGCCUCCUGGGCUCAGAGGAGAAUCUAGCACUUUUGACAGGAAAGAAGGCAGUAGCCCCCAGGAAUGACCCAGUGUCCCCAGUCAUGGCCCGGAGCAGAGACCCUGAGAAAGAUGAUCGUUCCAAAGAGGAGAUGGCAGUGGCAGCAGAUGCUGCAGCCUUGGUGGAUGGUAAAGAGCCCAAGUCCAUGGUGAACCUGGCAUUUGUCAAGAAUGACUCGUAUGAGAAGGGGCCGGACUCAGUGGUGGUGCACGUGUACGUGAAGGAAAUCUGCAGGGACACAUCUCGAGUGCUUUUCCGCGAGCAGGACUUCACGCUUAUCUUCCAGACCAGGGAUGGAAACUUCCUGAGACUGCACCCGGGCUGUGGGCCCCACACCAUCUUCCGUUGGCAGGUGAAGCUCAGGAACCUGAUCGAGCCAGAGCAGUGCACCUUCUGCUUCACGGCCUCUCGCAUCGACAUCUGCCUUCAUAAGCGGCAGAGUCAGCGCUGGGGGGGCCUGGAGGCCCCAGCUGCACGAGGUGCAGUGGGUGGUGCAAAGGUAGCCGUGCCGACAGGUCCAACCCCUCUGGAUUCAACCCCACCGGGAGGUACCCCCCACCCCCUGACAGGCCAGGAGGAAGCCCGGGCUGUGGAGAAGGAGAAACCCAAGGCUCGAUCUGAGGACACAGGCCUAGAUGGUGUGGCAGCCCGCACCCCCAUGGAGCAUGUAGCCCCAAAGCCAGAGCCACACCUGGCAUCGCCCAAGCCCACAUGUAUGGUGCCUCCAAUGCCCCACAGCCCGGUGAGUGGAGACAGCGUGGAGGAAGAGGAGGAGGAAGAGAAGAAGGUGUGUCUGCCGGGCUUCACUGGCCUUGUCAAUCUAGGCAACACCUGUUUCAUGAACAGUGUCAUCCAGUCUCUGUCCAAUACUCGGGAGCUGCGGGACUUCUUCCACGACCGUUCCUUUGAGGCCGAGAUCAACUACAACAACCCACUGGGGACUGGUGGGCGUCUGGCCAUCGGCUUUGCUGUGCUGCUCCGGGCGCUGUGGAAGGGAACCCACCAUGCCUUCCAGCCCUCCAAGUUGAAGGCCAUUGUGGCGAGCAAGGCCAGCCAGUUCACAGGCUAUGCACAGCACGAUGCCCAGGAGUUCAUGGCUUUCCUGUUGGAUGGGCUGCACGAGGACUUGAACCGUAUUCAGAAUAAGCCCUACACGGAGACCGUGGACUCAGAUGGGCGACCUGAUGAGGUGGUAGCUGAGGAAGCCUGGCAGCGGCACAAGAUGAGGAAUGACUCUUUCAUCGUGGACCUAUUUCAGGGCCAGUACAAGUCGAAGCUGGUGUGCCCCGUGUGCGCAAAGGUCUCCAUCACUUUUGACCCGUUCCUGUACCUGCCGGUGCCCUUGCCACAGAAGCAAAAGGUUCUCCCCAUCUUCUAUUUUGCCCGGGAGCCCCACAGCAAGCCGGUCAAGUUUCUGGUGAGCAUCAGCAAGGAGAACUCCAGUGCAAGUGAAGUGUUGGACUCCCUGUCUCAGAGUGUCCACGUGAAGCCUGAGAACCUGCGUCUGGCUGAGGUGAUUAAGAAUCGCUUCCACCGUGUGUUCUUGCCCUCCCACUCACUGGACACUGUGUCACCUUCUGACACGCUCCUCUGCUUCGAGCUGCUAUCCCCAGAGUUGGCUAAGGAGCGGGUGGUGGUGCUAGAGGUGCAACAGCGCCCCCAGGUGCCCAGCAUCCCCAUCUCCAAGUGUGCAGCCUGCCAGCGGAAGCAGCAGUCAGAGGAUGAGAAGCUGAAGCGCUGUACCCGUUGCUACCGCGUGGGCUACUGCAACCAGCUCUGUCAGAAAACCCAUUGGCCUGACCAUAAGGGCCUCUGCCGCCCUGAGAACAUUGGCUACCCCUUCCUGGUCAGUGUACCUGCCUCACGCCUCACUUAUGCCCGUCUUGCUCAGCUGCUAGAGGGCUAUGCCCGGUACUCUGUGAGUGUGUUCCAGCCACCCUUCCAGCCUGGCCGCAUGGCCUUGGAGUCCCAGGGCCCUGGCUGCAACACACUGCUGUCCACUAGCUCCCUGGAGGCUGGGGACAAUGACAGGGACCCUGUUCAGCCACCGGAGCUCCAGAUGGUGACCCCUGUGGCUGAGGGGGACACAGGGGUCCCCCGGGCUUGGGCAUCCCCCGAUCGGGGCCCUGUGCCCAGUACCAGUGGAAUUUCUUCUGAGAUGCUGGCCAGUGGGCCCAUUGAAGUUGGCUCCUUGCCUGCUGGUGAGAGGGUGUCCCGGCCUGAAGCUGCUGUGCCCGGGUACCAACACUCAAGUGAAGCCAUGAAUUCCCACACACCCCAGUUCUUUAUCUAUAGAAUUGAUGCAUCCAACCGAGAGCAGCGGCUAGAGGACAAAGGAGACACCCCACUAGAGCUGGGUGAUGACUGCAGCCUGGCUCUAGUCUGGCGGAACAAUGAGCGCCUGCAGGAGUUUGUGUUGGUAGCCUCCAAGGAGCUGGAAUGUGCUGAGGAUCCAGGCUCUGCUGGUGAGGCUGCCCGUGCUGGCCACUUCACUCUGGACCAGUGUCUGAACCUCUUUACGCGGCCUGAGGUGCUGGCACCUGAGGAGGCUUGGUACUGCCCGCAGUGCAAACAACACCGCGAGGCCUCCAAGCAGCUGUUGCUGUGGCGCCUGCCGAAUGUGCUCAUCGUGCAGCUCAAGCGCUUCUCCUUUCGCAGUUUCAUCUGGCGUGACAAGAUCAAUGACUUGGUGGAGUUCCCUGUUCGGAACCUGGACCUGAGCAAGUUCUGUAUCGGUCAGAAAGAGGAGCAGCUGCCCAGCUAUGACCUGUAUGCUGUCAUCAACCACUAUGGAGGCAUGAUCGGUGGCCACUACACUGCCUGUGCACGCCUGCCCAAUGAUCGCAGCAGCCAGCGCAGCGACGUGGGCUGGCGCUUGUUUGAUGACAGCACGGUGACAACAGUAGACGAGAGCCAGGUCGUGACGCGUUAUGCCUAUGUACUCUUCUACCGCCGGCGGAACUCUCCUGUGGAGAGGCCCCCCCGGGCAGGUCACUCUGAACACCACCCAGACCUAGGCCCUGCAGCUGAGUCUGCUGCCAGCCAGGGACUAGGCCCUGGCCAGGCCCCCGAGGUGGCCCCCACGCGGACAGCCCCUGAACGCUUCGCCCCCCCUGUGGACCGCCCAGCCCCCACCUACAGCAACAUGGAGGAGGUCGAUUAGCAGGUCCCCCUGGCUGGUGGGGGGGACUGGGUUUGGGGGAUCCCCCACAGAGGGCCAGCUCUUUGACGCUUCUCCUUCUCUAACCUAGAGAACACUGGCUUCGUCAAUGGGGAGUUGGGGGGGUAUGAUUUGAGGGUGGAAACCUCACUGGUUGGGACCUCUUGUCAACUUGACCCCCACAACCAGUGGGCCUUGGCUUCUCCAGCCACACCCAGUGCUGCGUGAUUUGAUUCUCAGUUGUACCUUCAAUUCUUUCUGACUCGCAUUAUAAACAUUAUAAUUUUAUUCUAAAAAUUGUAAUUUUUUUUUUUGCAUUUUGGAAGUGAUUGCUGCUGUUUAAAUAUAUUUUAAAAAUAAAUGACAAAUAAGCAGA